AUGGAUCAAAAACGUCUCCAGCGAGCCCCUAUCAUGGAUAACCUGAACUUUCUCACGUCCAGAGUUCACGGGAACAUAGGCAUGGUUGGCACGGUUGACAUCCUUAAUCAACCAGGCGAGAGCAACCCCGGCUUUCGACGUCCGCUAAACAAUCAUCAAACCUCAAAGCGCCUAGUUCUUAGUGCUGCGCUAGCGACGAUAGUUGUUACAGGGCUCCCCUACAUGGCUUGUGAGGUGGGCGUCAUUAUCGUUCGCAUAUUCACCCGCGUCCAUAUCUCAAAGAGCUUCGGCGCAGAUGACAUUUUGAUUGUUGCCGCUGCCAUUCCGGCCGUCUGCUGUGGAAUCAUCACCGUCAUAGCAGUAAUCAGAUUUGGUUGGAAUCGACAUGUUUACGAUGUGCCGUUUGCGCAGCUAGCCCUAGGUUUAAAGCUGACGAUGGUAGUGGAAUGUCUCUUCGCCAUCGGAUGCUCGCUGACCAAGCUCUCGCUACUCUGCUUCACACGCAAGAUCACGGCCGGUACAAAUUCGACUUCCCUAAAAUGGGCUGUUAUAGCUACCAUGGUGAUCGUUGGGCUAGAGAUGGUUGUCUUUUGCCUCGUGGUUGUUUUCACCUGCAGGCCAAUUUCCGCUUAUUGGACCCUGUCAACUAAACCACAAAACUGUAUAAACGAAGCUGCACAUAUCCUGGCUGGCGGGAUACUCAACGCCGUCACUGACUUUGUCGUUGUCAUCUUGCCAAUCCCUACCGUCAUGACUCUCAAGCUCCCCACCAGGCAGCGUGUGGUGCUCUGCAUGUUAUUUGGUGCCGGGUUCGCAGUUUGUAUCGCUGGCAGUGUACGAGUCUACUUUACCUAUGAGUUGAACAUCUCCCACGAUAAGACAUGGGCUGCCUAUCCCGUCUGGAUCUCUGGCACCUUUGAGAUGUAUCUCGGAGUUCUCGCUGCCUCAUUGGCAUCUCUCAAGCCAUUCUUCGCGCGCUACCUCCCCACCAUCCUCGGCAGCCUCGUCUCCCAGCGCUACACAGUCUCCGGAUUCUCAAAUGGUUACUCGAACCCCAAACUCAACCGCGACCAGUAUUCUCACACGCGCGAAAGCAAGGCUGCAAUGCUCGAGAGCGGCCAGACCACGACGAUUACGUCUACAUUCGGCUGCGAUCUUGAGUUCGACCAGUUAACCCCCCACGAUGGGGUGAUGGUAUCCAAGUACAUAGCGUAUGAAGAGAGCAGGAAUGUGUCAAAGCCCAGUUUUCAUUCUACGGAUGCGUCGUCACAGUCAGAAUUGAGGAGGGCAUGA